UUCAACUUCCAAUGCAAUAUCGUCUUUAUCUAUAAUAUAGUACAUUGAGAAUAUAGUAUAUAAAAUCAUACUUACUGACACACAUAAUAUAAGAAUUAUAAGGAAAUUAUAAGGAAUUAUAAGAAUUAUAAGGAAAUUAAUAUUAAUAAGUACUUCCACAAACCGAUGUUUAACAUCUUAUGUCACACUACCUAAAGGAUCACGGUCAAUACAUCGCAUGGUACUCGUAUGGCGCGGGUCAUAAGCCACGCUCACAAUUUGAGAAAUGUUAUUGCUAUUUAUACAUAUGUCCAUAUUCACAUCCCGCGGUUUCACAUGUGUGUUCCUGAGCCGAUUCUUUUCACGUUAUUUCAGUUUGAAAUCAGUUUAUGUUCUUCUUGAUGUUCAUUCCUCCGUUGUGGGGGCAUAACAGAACAAUCAAAAUUAUGUCCUAUUACUCCAGAUAUUCCGGCUCUAGCUUUCUUUCUGUUACACAACGUAGGGGAUUCAGCUCCACCUUUCACAUUAUAUAGCUAAUCAUCCAGUCCAGCAGCCUUAUUAGCUAAAAAUAAGCAGAUAACAACCGCCGCGCAACAGCAACGCGACAGGUUUGCGACUGGUCGCGAAACGUCAAAAAAUUUCGUAUUACGUAAGCUGUUGCGCCGCUGUCGCACAACAUCUGCUUGCUGCGACCGAUGCACUUGAUUUUGUAUGGAAAGCAGCGCCACUCACAAUCAGGUGGCAACUGGUGGUACUACGUAUGUUUGUAAACAUUAAAACAAUACUCGCUCUCAUAACUGCGUCACAUCUGCGUUAGCAAAAAACUAAUAAGAAACUUGUGAAGUGGAUGGAUCCCAGCAUGACCACUCCAGGGAUUUUUUUUGCGAUAACCCUUGUAAGUGGGUCUUGUCACAUAAACAACGUAAUAUAUUAUUACUGGGAUAUGGGAAAGGUAUUCAGUAAUCAGUUCGUGAAUGUGAUUGAUUUGUCGUGGUUUGUGCUCAGCGGUGAAUAUUAGUGUUACAAUUUUUGUAAUUUUACACAAGUAGGUAAGUCUAACUCUUUGUUUAUGAAGGCGCUAGUUACAAUAUACCUAUGCAUUAAACAUACGUGUUUACUCACAAAAUAUUGUGUAUUUUUCAGUUGAAAAAAAUGGAACACCGAGUUUCCAAGACUCAAUUAGAGGACCUCCUUAAUUAUUUAAUGGAGCAUCAGGCUCUGGCCAAAGGCAUUGGUUUGGGUCCACGAUCGAAAGAAACAGUCGAUCGCCAGUGGGAAGAACUAGCUUCCAAAUUAAACGCCCAUGGCAGUGGUGCCUCAAAAUCUGGAUAUCGCUGGAAACGUUAUUGGGCUGACCUGAAGCAUAAGGUAAAGGCAAGGGCAUCAGCCCAAAGACGGGCAGCUUCUGGUACUGGUGGUGGGCCGGCUUGUAAAGACGACUUAUCAGAAAUUGAUAAAAAGGUGUUGGCCAUUAUUGGAGAGGGUGCUGCAUAUGGUGAUACCCAGCAUAGAGUGCCAGCAUUUCCUAUACCAACACCAAGUACCUCCUCGGCCAUCUAUGAGGAUAUCGCUACUGAAUGUGUAGAGAUAACCAUAGAGUCUUCUCCACCACCACCAGCCAGUGAACGGCUAAUAGAUAUUGGGCAGACCACAACGCCAAUAUCACCAUCAACGAGAGGAAAUACUGUUUCAGAUAGAGUGCAGGCACCAGCUUCUGCUGACCCUAACAGGACGCGGGAUCCUAGAUCAAAUGCUGAUAGUCCAGUGUCACGGCGACUACCCAGGAGCUCAUCUAUAUCUGAUCUCAGGACUCGUCAAAGAGUUGACCCGUCUUGGAUCGUUGAUAUGGAAAAUAGACGGAUCGACGCGGAGCAGAAGCUGGUAGAUGCAAUAAUGAUAAUUGCAGAGGCUAGGAGGGACGAGUUGGAUAUAUUGCGCAGACAGCUAGCCCUUACAGAGACUCUGGCUUAGGCGCUGCGCGAACUGACCAAUGUGUUAAAAAAUUGUUUAGGGAAUAAAUAACAUUGUUUCA